ACAACCCUCCUGCUGUCUCCCUACCAGGCGGUCAAUGAAUGAGAUUGUGUGUGUCUCACCCCCAUCGUCCAACGGCCAGAGCUGUGUUCCUGUCUUCGUGAGUGUUGACCGAGCCCGUGUGAACAACAGCCUUAAGUUUGAGUACAUAGGGGACCCCCAGGUGCAGAGCAUCGAGCCGGAGUGGAGCAUCGCCAGUGGCCACACACCCCUGACCAUCACAGGCUCCAACCUGGAUGUCAUUCAGGAGCCAAGGAUCCGAGUCAAGUUUAAUGGCAAAGAAUCUGUCAAUGUGAGUAACCACUGGUCUGCCUGGCCCUUGGCAAACAUUGCAUGUAUCAGUGUUUUGUAAUGUGCUGAGCUCUGU